AUGCCCAAUAUCACUGCAAUAACUGGAUUCAUCCUUAUGGGACUCUCGGAUAUCGAUGAAGUACAGACUCUAUGUGGAGUGUCCUUUCUGUUAAUGUACCUGGUGACACUAGUGAGUAACUUCCUCACCAUAACUCUCAUCACCCUGGACCAGAAACUCCAGUCACCCAUGUACUUCUUCCUGAGGAAUUUGUCCCUCUUGGAUGUCUUUCUAGUGUCUGUCCCAAUUCCAAAUUUCUUUGUCAAUAGCAUAACUCACAGCAAUUACAUUUCUACUCCUGGAUGUGCAUGUCAGGUGUUUUUUAUGGCCUCUUUCGGAGCAGGAGAAGUAUUUGUCCUGACUGCUAUGUCCUAUGACCGCUAUGUUGCAGUUUGCAGUCCUUUGCACUAUGAGAUAAUCAUGAGUAGUGUCACCUGUGUGCUGCUGAUGGGUGUAUGUUGGGUCACUGCAUUACUUGUUGGAGCUAUGUACACAGCUGGCAUAUUUUCCUUGCCUUUCUGUGGUUCUAAUGUAAUUCCACAGAUAUUCUGUGAUAUUCCCUCUUUGUUAAGAAUUUCCUGCUCUGACUCAUUUGUAGUCAUUUAUUCAAGUCUUGGGAUUGGUAUGUGUCUAGCUAUCACUAGUUUCUUUUGUGUUGUGAUGUCUUACUUCUACAUCUUCUCCACUGUACUGAAGAUUCCAACCACUAAAGGGCAGUCCAAAGCAUUUGCCACAUGCAUCCCCCACAUCACUGUUUUCACUCUUUUCAUUGCUACUGCUAGCAUUGUCUAUCUGAAGCCACCCUCAAAUACAACAUCAGUUACAGGCAGGUUGUUUUCUGUAGUGUACACUGUGCUACCUCCAGCGCUCAAUCCUGUGAUCUACACCCUGAGAAACAGUGAUGUUAAUAGUGCUCUGAAAAGGUUAUUACAAAAUUUCUACUCAAGAUCCUCCUUCAUUUAA